AAUGCACGGGGAGCGCACGGGGAAUGCUCCGGGAAGCGCACCUGAGCCCGAGCUCGUCGAGCGUCCAGGGCUGCGGCCCCUGGGCUGAGCCACCCCCGCGGCAGCACCGUCCUGGCAGCGCUGCCCGGAGCCACUCCAGGUGUGCUGGUUGUGUGCAGGGUUCGCUUUCCCAGUGGCUGGAGGUGAUUGAUGGAAACAGGAGCUUGGGCUGCAUCUCUGAGUUUAGACCUCCAACCUCAGCAUCCUGAUCUGGAAGGAUGAGUCAGGACAGUUACUCAAGUGAUCAGCCCAUGGGCCAGGACCCACUCGAACUGCUGCAAACCCUUCAGCUCCUGUGGACAAAGCAGGAGCUGGGCAAGCUCAAGGAAGAAAUCAGGCGGGGCUUUGCCAGACUGGAGGACCCUUUGGCAGCACUCCUGGCCAUGCUGGAGAGCAGCAGCGACUGGAAGGGGAAAGGGCAUUCCCUGGGGUAUUGCAUCACCACCGAGCUGCAGCUUUGGAUAAAAGCACAUCCUGCUGUCCCACAGUCUGGCACCAAGCUGAAGAAGCUGCAGGCCCGUGUGCUCGGAAUGCUCUCCCAGUGCCCAGCUAAUCUGCUUGACCCCCUGAUUAGCAUUUACCAGCUCCACACAGCAGACCGGAACUAUUUGCUUGAACAUGUCAGUCAUCUUUAUCUCCAGGGCAAUUACAAAGAGGCAGCCGUGCUGAGUAUUAAGCUGAAAUUACAGCCAGAUCAAGAUGUAGAGAAGAUGUGUACCCCACUACUGCUCCAGGAUAAAGCCAACUUGGUGGAAGAAUAUGUGGCAGAAUAUCCCGAGCUCCAGAGGAAGCUCUUGCAGACCCUGGACACAUGGUGUGAGCCCAGCUUCAGUAUCAGGGACAUCAUAAGACCAUAUCAAGGCCUGUCCAAGUGCAAACCCGAAAGAUUGAACCGCAGAGUGCUCAGUAAGCUCAUCUUCAGGCUCCUGGAGAGAUUCAACGUUGACUCAGCUCUCUGCCCUAAUGUCAUAAAUCAGCGGCACUUGAGAACCCUGAACUACCUCUUUUACAAGAGAUUUGUUGAGAAAACCAUGACUGAGGAGAACUGGGCAGACCACAUUCAGAGCACGGUUGGGGAGAACCGGUGGCUGCAGGCACACCUGGUGCAGUCGCUGCUCCGGCACUGCGACGCGCGCGGGGCAGCGCGGUGGGCGCGGCACUGCCGGGUGCCCCCCGACAUGCUGCCCCAGGCUGUGGCCGAGGAGCUUCAGAAGCUGCACAUCCAGGACAGGGUAGAAGAGGUUACAAAAGCAGAUAAUUAUGAGGCCAGUAAGAAGAAGGACUAUUACCAGCUUCCUAUUCCACGGGAAAAUAUUCACUUUCUGCAGACAUGGGAGGAGACACUGCGGUGCUGGGAGAAGGUGCUGCAGGCUGGGCAGGUCGUUGGUGUGGACAUGGAGUGGAAGCCUUCCUUUGGCAUGGUGGGGAAGCCCCGUGUUGCCCUCCUGCAACUCGCACUGAAGGAUGAGGUGUUCCUGUUGGACCUGCCACGGCUCCUGGAGCAAGCUGAGGCUGAGGGGGAAAAGGAGAAGCUUCCCCAUUUCAUCCAGAUGCUCUAUUCAGAUGCAGCCAUCACUAAACUAGGUUAUGGGAUGUCUGGAGACCUCAGCAGCCUUGCAGCCACAUGUUCUGCUCUGAAAGACACAGAGAAGCAAAUGCAAGGUGUGGUGGAUCUUCUUGCAGUGGACAAACAACUGCAGUGGGGGAAGGACGGCCGGAAGGUCGAUGGACUGUCCCCGGAGCGCAGCCACGAGGAGAGAGGGGUCAGGCAGCCGGAGAGGGGACUGAGCCUGCUGGUGCAGCACGUGCUGGGGAAGCCUCUGGAUAAAACAGAGCAGCUGUCAAACUGGGAGAAGAGGCCACUCCGGGAGGAGCAGAUCCUCUAUGCAGCCUCAGAUGCCUACUGCUUGCUGGAGAUCUAUGAGAGGCUCUGCAAGGACCCCGAGAGCUUUGGUCUGGGUUCAGACCUGACAGAGAGUCUGGUGGGAAAACAGAGCAAAAAACCCAGGGCAAAGAAGCAGCUGAAUAAACAAGAAGCACCAUCACCUUCUGGACAGGAAUUCCAAGGAUCCAGAACGGAGCCCUCAUGCCCCCCUGCCCCUGUCUCCCCCCAGGAGUUCAGUGUGGUCUGUGACAACAUGCUGCAGGGCCUGGGGCGCUACCUGCGUUGCCUGGGCGUGGAUGUGCGGCUGCUGGACAAUGAGGAUGACCACAGGAAAGCUGCUGAGAUUGCCCGACAGGAAGGAAGAGUCAUUUUGACCUCUGGACUCCCGUAUCAGACUCUGCGCUCCCAGGUGGGAGAAGGAAGGUGUUUCUCUGUGAACUGCUCCCAGAAGGCGAAGGACCAGGCGCUGCAGGUGCUGAAGCACUUCAACGUGCAGGUGUCCCUGGGUGACAUCUUCAGCCGCUGCCAGGUGUGCAAUUGCAACAAGUACCUGAAGGUCCCACGGGAGAGGAUGAAGCAGCUGGUGGAGAGCAGCAGACAAGUGUCAGGGGAGCACAGUGCAGGCUACCCGGGGAGCCGGAGCUGCGGUGCCACCGUGCCAGGCUGUGCCACAGCCCAGGCUGGCUGCGCCCCACACGGCGAGCAGGCGGAGGGCACGGAGCAGUGCGGGGCGGCCACGGGGCUGGCAGGGGACACGGCCCUGCAGGUCACUGCCAUCCCCCCCGGAGUGCUGGACAGAGCAGAGCUCACUGACUUCUACUGCUGCACCUGCUGUGGGAAAGUGUUUUGGGAAGGGUCCCAUUUUGGACGCGUCGUGUCCCAGUUUCAGGAUGUUCUUGUGGCCUCUGGGGACACACAGAGCAUCUAUGAGCUGAGCUGAGCUGAGCUGAGCUGAGCUGAGCUGAGCUGAGGAGAAGCACGGGGGCUCCACAGGGGAACUGGGACUGCCUGGUGAACCUCAGCAGAUUUUUGGCUGUGGGUUUCUGGAGAGAGGCUGGAAGUGGGGAGGCAGGAGCUCUCAUUUUGGGAUCCAUCACAGAGAGCACUGUCACAGGUGCGCCAGUGGUUUGCAACAGCCCAAAAAUACAUGGCCUCCAUGACAUCAUUAAAGCAGAGGUGGCUGAAGAAUGGGCCCUUUGCUUUAUUUCUGCCCCUCUCCAAACUACACAUGGCAAGAUGGUGGGAGGGCUCUGCUGAACAAAACCACCACCCCAGCAGUGCUGACUGCACCUCACCCACACACCCCAGUGCCUCUCUGCCCACUCACUCACGGGGAGCAGGAGCUGUAUCCCCAACAGCAGCGCAGGGCAGAGAGCACCCUGAGCACUGCCAGCCUGUGGGACAUGUGCCAAGCCUCAGCCCAUCCCCAGCAUCCUGCUCACCCUGGCCCUGCACUCCCAGCACUCCUGGAGGCAGCUGGUGGGCACAGGCAUGGAGCUCUGGGGAGGCUGAGCAUUGCUGGGCUCAGGGAAAUUCCUGGUGCACCACAAUGCCCUCUGGCACCUGCACCCCUGUGCUGCAGCCUGGGGUGCCCCAGCAGGGCCAGGCUGCUCCUGAGGAGGCUCCCACUGGUGCCAAAGCUGCCAGCCUCUCCCUCCCCUGGGGAGACGCCUCAGCACAGCCCGUGCCCUGGCUCUGAGCAGGGUACACAGCAGAGACAAUAAGGUGUGUGGGCCCACUAAUACCAGGAACUGGAAUCCCUGGUGGGACUGGCCAGAGGAGGCUGCAUCUCACCAUGGAGAUGCCAGGCAGGUCCUGCAGCUCCAGGGCUGCUGUCCAGUGUCUCCCGAUCAAUGGCCAGGCUCACACCAUUCCAUCCUGAGCAGACCAUCAUCUGCAAAAUUCCUCCUCUAAUCUGUUUUAACUGCCAGGCCUUGCUGUUAUUGCUGAGAGGGCCUGGGGAGUUCUUGGCUGAGGUGUGACAUUGAUGGGCUAGUGAAGCACUGGCCCAGGCAGCUCAUGCUGCAGUGCAGGACUCAUUUCUCCUCUUCCAAAGGUCCUGGCUACACGCUGCCAGGGGCUCCUUCCUCACAGGGACAUCUCACCCUCUAGCUCAAUGCUUUAAUAAAAGAAACACACAAUUUUCCCACUUUAAAUAGUCUUCUUUUCCAUAAGAUCCAUAAUAUUAAUGCCUGAGCAUUAAUUGGUACAAGUGACCCUAAAAGGCAGCCACCCCCACACUGCCGGUACCAGGCACUGAGCAGCCCAAGCCCCUCAGGCUCCACACAGACUCAUCCUUGUGUCAGCAUCCUGCUUCCUCAGGGCUUGUUCUGGGAGGGCAGAAACUGAGGAUGAGUCAAAGCAGGAAUGGUGCAGAGCCUCCAGCUGCUGGCCCCCACAAUGUGCACUGCUUUGUCUGCCAUGAAAUAAAACUCUCCAAAAUGGGAUUAACCUUUCCAGGUCCUGUUUAGGGGAAGCUGCUGAGCCACAUGCACAUCUGACCACUCGUGGGCACUUCUGGCCUUUGCUUGCUGGGCUUCCCAGAGCUGUGGUUUCACAUUCAUCUGCCACUGCUUCUGCUGUGGAGGGAAGCUCACACAAGAUGGGGACACACGGCCCUGUCCCUCACCUGGGGACAGCUGCCUAGAAGGUGCCUUUCCCUCUGAUCCCUGGGGACAGCAGGGUCACCUCCUGCUCAACUCCAGGAUUUUAUCUGCUUGAGAGCUUCCCAGUUUAGGGCUGAGCUCUUGUGCUUACAGUCAGGCUGUGCUAGGGCAGGGUCCCAUGGCCGGGACUUGUUCUAAGACACCCACCCAGGGCAGAACCCAGCAAGCAGUGUGUGCCUGUGGACAUGGCACAAAACAGCUCCUAGAGGAUUCUGUCCAGCUCCUGGGGACGGGCAGGGGCUGGGACCCAGCACAGCACCUCUUCCUCCCUGCUGCCCACAGGAGGUGGUGCCAUGGUGGGAAGUGUGCAGCAAGGUCACCUCCAACCAUAGACACGGUCAACAGCAAAUUCCACGUGAGAUUAGCCUUGAGGAGCAUCCAGGAGGUAAUAAAUUGUCCAGUUUUGAAUGAUGGAUACAUAUCAAAGGGAAUUAAAGCAGCUUUCUAAUCAGCCUACAAUAUUGUUUCCUUAUCUGGCCGCUUAAAAAAAAUAAUUACAAAAUCCCAUUGUCUG